GGGAGGGCACACUCGGGAGCGGCCCGCUGCACAGGCUCGGCGCUUGCCGCGCUCCGCCCCAGCCCUCCUGAGGCGGCCGUACAAUCCUCGGCAGUGUCCUGAGACUGUAUGGUCAACUCAGCGGCCGCGCCCGCCCGGCCCCGGCUCAUUCCAACGCCUGUCGCUUGGGCCACUUAUUUUUUUUAUUUUUUGGAAAACCGAGGAGAGUGACUCCCUGCUAGAGGGACAGGGGAACUCGGGUUCCCUUCUUGCUGCCUUCUCCUCGCCUCUGACAACGUCCUCCCACUCUCUCCCCGACCCCGCCUCCGCGUGCAGGUUCCUCCCCGUCACCUCUCUCCACCCCUCGGGUCCCGCACCUAGCCAGCUGUCCGCAAGCUGCCACCUGACUGCGCGAGGCGCUCGGGCACCUGCGAGCACUUAGGAUCUUUCACACACUCCGGGCUUCGGGGAGCCCACGAGAACUACAGCGAAGGCAGCGGCUGCAGCCUCCACCAACCCCAAACCCAGGUUCUCGGCGUCUCCGACGGCCGCAGCGACGAUGACAGCUGACAAGGAGAAGAAAAGGAGUAGCUCGGAGAGGAGGAAGGAGAAGUCUCGCGAUGCAGCAAGGUGCCGGCGAAGCAAGGAGACAGAAGUGUUCUACGAGCUGGCCCAUGAGCUGCCCCUGCCCCACAGUGUCAGCUCCCACCUGGACAAGGCAUCCAUCAUGCGACUGGCCAUCAGCUUCCUGCGGACACACAAGCUACUCAGCUCAGUGUGCUCUGAAAAUGAGUCUGAGGCCGAGGCUGACCAGCAGAUGGACAACUUGUACCUGAAAGCUUUGGAGGGGUUCAUUGCCGUGGUAACCCAAGAUGGUGACAUGAUCUUCCUGUCUGAGAACAUCAGCAAGUUCAUGGGACUCACACAGGUGGAGCUGACGGGGCACAGCAUCUUUGACUUCACUCACCCCUGUGACCACGAGGAGAUCCGGGAGAACCUGACCCUCAAAAGCGGAUCUGGUUUUGGGAAGAAAAACAAGGACAUGUCCACGGAACGGGACUUCUUCAUGAGGAUGAAGUGCACAGUCACCAACAGAGGGCGGACUGUCAACCUCAAGUCGGCCACCUGGAAGGUUUUGCAUUGCACUGGGCAGGUGAAGGUCUACAGUGACUGCCCUCCCCACAACAGUCUCUGUGGCUACAAGGAGCCCCUGAUGUCCUGCCUCAUCAUUAUGUGUGAACCGAUCCAGCACCCGUCCCACAUGGACAUCCCCCUGGAUAGCAAGACUUUCCUGAGCCGCCAUAGCAUGGACAUGAAGUUCACCUACUGCGAUGAUAGAAUCACAGAACUGAUUGGCUACCACCCUGAGGAGUUGCUUGGACGUUCGGCCUAUGAGUUCUAUCAUGCCCUAGAUUCUGAGAACAUGACUAAAAGCCACCAGAACUUGUGCACCAAGGGUCAGGUGGUGAGUGGCCAGUACCGCAUGCUGGCGAAGCACGGGGGCUAUGUGUGGCUGGAGACCCAGGGUACUGUCAUCUACAACCCUCGCAACCUGCAGCCCCAGUGCAUCAUGUGUGUCAACUACGUGCUGAGUGAGAUUGAAAAGAAUGAUGUGGUAUUCUCCAUGGACCAGACUGAGUCCCUGUUCAAGCCUCACCUCAUGGCCAUGAACAGCAUCUUCGACAACAGUGGUGAGGUGGCUGUGUCUGACAAGAGCGAUUUCCUGUUCACCAAGCUGAAGGAGGAGCCAGAGGAGCUGGCCCAACUGGCUCCCACGCCUGGCGAUACCAUCAUCUCUCUGGAUUUUGGGAAUCAGGGCUUUGAGGACUCCUCGGCCUAUGGUAAGGCUGUCCUACCCCCAGGCCAGCCAUGGGUUGCAGAGGUGAGGAGCCACAGCACUCAGAGUGAUGCUGGGAGCCUGCCUGCCUUCAGCGUGCCCCAGGUGGCCGCCCCGGGAAGCACCACCCCCAGUGCCAGCAGCAACAGCAGCUGCUCCACGCCCAGCAGCCCUGAAGACUAUUACACCUCUCUGGAGGAUGACCUGAAAAUCGAGAUGAUCGAGAAGCUCUUUGCCAUGGAUACAGAGGCAAAGGACCAGUGCAGCACCCAGACGGACUUCAACGAGCUGGACCUGGAAACCCUGGCACCCUACAUCCCCAUGGACGGGGAGGACUUCCAGCUGAGCCCCAUCUGCCCUGAGGAACCGAUUGUGCCGGAGAGCCCUCAGCCACCUCCCCAGCACUGCUUCAGCACCAUGACGAACAUCUUCCAGCCGCUGGUCCCGACAGCCUCCGAGAGCCCCUUCCUGCUGGACAAGUACCCACCGCCACUGGAGGGCAAGAAGACAGAGCCUGAGCACCACCCCAUGUCCUCCAUCUUCUUUGAUGCAGGGCACAAGACAGCCAUGCCUCCCUGCUGUGGCCAGGCCAGCACCCCUCUAUCUUCCAUGGGGGGCAGAUCCAACACCCAAUGGCCUCCUGACCCACCAUUACAGUUUGGGUCAACAAAGUGGUCUGCUGGGGCUCAGCACACAGAACCCCUGGCCCCCGUCUCCAUGUUUAAGACGAGGUCUGCAAAAGGCUUCAGGCCUGGGGCUGCAGAUAUGAUGAGCCCCGCUGUGGCAGCCCUCUCCAACAAGCUGAAGCUGAAGCGGCAGCUGGAAUACGAGAAGCAAGGCUUCCAGGAUGGGGACCCGCCGGGCAGCAGCGCUUCACAUCUGAUGUGGAAACGGAUGAAGAGCCUUCGAGGAGGGGGUUGCCCUCUGCUGCCAGACAAGCUGCUGGAUGCAAACGUGCCCCCUGGGGGAGGGCUCAGGGCCCACCCCAGCUCCCCUACUGCCUGCCAGAGCCUUGUUCUAACAGAUGAGUUCAUCCAGAACCCGCUAAGGGGUCUGGGGCAGCCCCUGAGACACCUGCCACCCCCACAGCGGCCAUCCACUUUGAGCUCCGGGGAGAAUGCCAAGAGCGGGUUCCCCCUGCAGGGUUAUGCGCCCCCGUACCAGGACUACAACAACCAGCCUUUGACUCACAAGAUGCCAGGCCUGGCGAGCCGGCUGCUCGGGCCUUCGUUUGAGCCCUACCUGCUGCCCGAACUGACCCGAUAUGACUGUGAGGUGAAUGUUCCUGUGCCCGGAAGCUCCACGCUCCUGCAGGGAGGGGACCUGCUGAGGGCCCUGGACCAAGCCACCUGAGCCAGGGCCUCCCGCAGGGCACAGCCCUGCCUGCGCCGUCCCCGCCAGCUUCAUUCACUCUCUACGGCUGUUUUUUGCAACUAGGUAUUUCUAACACCAGCACGUUUUUGAUGAGAUGUACUUACCUGGCAGGUUUGCCCAGGUCACCAAGCAGUGGCCUUUGAGAUGCCCACUCUGCUAUCCCUGUUUUAAAGACAACAUUGUUUCACCUACAAAGAAAGCAUUCUUUAAUUCUGUAAGAUUUUUGUUUUCCAGUCCACCUCCAAUGACUUCUAAUUUAUAUUAUCCAUAGGUUUCUAUCUCCCUGCCUCUCAUACGGUCUCCACUCUAACAGGUUCAGCGUACAUAGGCUCUCCUCUAGGAAAAGCUGUGGCUUCAGUGGACUGAAAAGAUUUUGUUGUUGCCAAAGAGAGACUCAAAGGAUUUUGCAAUCCAAAAUGUGGCUUCUCCCUCUUGCAACCCUCGUGUUUUCUUUGAAAUUCACAACACAGUGAUUAGCUUUUACAGUCUUUCUGAAGCCGACUCUGCUCCAGUUGGGCUCUGCCUGAGGAUUGCAGGGAUGUGAAGGUGGACUCUGGCAUGUGGUUUUCUGUGAAAGUUACGCAGGGUGGUUUCUUGCUGAACUCUGCGGCAUUUCCCUCUCCACUCCGGUGGAUUUUUUAUCGUUAUUAUUAAAAAACAUAACUGAGAAUUUUUUAAAAAUUUAUACCUGGGUGAAGUGUUUAUUAUGAGAUAUAUGGGUACUUUGUGGUAACUAAAAGCUUAUAAAUGGAACCUGGCUCAGGUAACUGCUUUCAGGCUGUUCAGUUUACUUUAUUUCUGUCACUGCAGCCCUGAGCAGUCAUCCCAUGGGCCUGGACUAACCCUGCUACAGCUCUCCUCUCCCCUUACCUCUCUCUGCUACUGGCUUUUCGGUCUGUGACAGGGGACAACGGGCCACCCGGGAUUGUACUUGCCACCGUCUUCUGCCAUUGCUCUGCAUUUCUGUGUAUCUAUGAUGAUGGCGCCCAACAAGGGCCACAUCCUGGGGGCGGGGACGUGCUUUCACUUUUGGAAAGAUUUUGUUGCUAGCCCUUCAAGUGCACUGAGCUACAUGACUUCUAAAGGCCUUUCACAUAGCACACUGGGCUCUUUCCAGAACUGUCAUGCAAUGGUUCAGAUGGGAGCUGAGGCAAGAAAGUCAGGAUUUGGAAAUGGUGUAGUGACCUGGUCCGUGUCCUCCUAAACUCAUGACCUUAGAGCUGGACUAAGCAAGGGCACCAAAUGGAGGGCAGUGGGUCCUGAUCAGCCCCCAGCCUGCAAGGCCCAGGCGGCAGGCAGUGCCCCUUGCUGGCAUGCAGCAGUCAGACCUCCAGGACCAGCCCCUAGCCUUGGACCCUGGCUAGGGGUCUCCUUGUCACUUGAAGUGAUGUGUAUAGGUAGGAAGCACUGAAAAUAGUGUUCUCAGAGCACUUUGUAACUCACUGGGUAAGAAGGACAGCACCUUUUGGUUUUUAAAUACCAAUCCCAUGGAACUUCACUGUACAGUUGCUACAAUAAAAUAUAAUAAGCACACCACAAGCCCAUCAGACCAAGAACCUGGUAAGCCCGAUGGACUAACUGCCAAUUACAAAAUGUAACUCUCAAAAGGAAACCCAAAGUAUGUGAGGAAAAGGACUGGGCUGUGUGCUUCCUGGAGCACACAAAAGCAGCCCAGCCUUGCCUGACAUGUGGCAGCAGAACUUGAAGGGUUACUGACAGGUCAGCACUGAUGUUUGAUUUCCUGUGUGUGUUGCCUCAGCAUUAAGGGCAUUCUACCCUUGCAGUUGUACUAAGACACUCUGAAAAAUAUUCCAAGCUUUGUAUUAACCUUGCCUGUCUAUGUAAUGAUUUCAUGAAUAUUAUUAUAUUUGUCAAAUUCCUACUGACAACAUUAUAACUGUAUGGGAGCUUAACUUUAUAAAGAAAUGUAUUUUGACACUGAUAUCUUAUUAAAGUAUUCUGAUCCUA